AGAAUUGAUGGAGUGAUAUAAGAAGGUUUCUUUGUUAAUUGAUUAUUCUCUUCCGCUUACAGGGGAUAGAGCUAAGAAUAAGUGCUUUGAUGAACUAAUAGGUGGUUGAAUUUUGUGUUUACUUUGCUCUGCAUGGGGCUCCUUCAGUUUUUUGUAUUCUUUUACUUCGCUCAGUAAUUAUUCUAUUUUCAAGAUAAGAAUACAAGCUGCAUCUGCAUUGGCUACCCUACCAACAAUAGUGGGUGAAUCAGUAAUAACAAAACUAUUGAGAUAAGUUUUAAAGCUUUUUGAGAAAUAUUGAUUGUGUUUCUAUAAAUACUUUAUCGUUUAAUUUUGUAAAAAACCUUCAUAUUUAAUUUUCAGACAUGGAUCCAAUGAACAACAGUCCUUCAUUUUUAAAGCUUAUUCAGGAAGAUGACCAGAUAUUUUUGCAAAUACCUAAUGACUUUGCUUCAAUGAUUUGGGGAGACCAACUACCUUACAAAGAUUCAGUUAAGAUUGUUGAUGGCAACAAGUUAUGGUUUGUAAGACUGAAAAAAACUGAUGUUGGCCAUGUUCUUGCUGAUGGCUUCACCAAAGUUGUUCGGGAUAGUUGUAUAAGAAAAAAUAACUAUCUUAUGUUUCAGUCAUUUGGACAAUCAUCAUUCUUUCUAAUGGUGUUUAAAUCAUUUGUUCAUCAAUACUGCUUUAUAUCCAAAAUCACACCUGACAAAAGACGUUAUUGUCAUGGCUGAUGAAUUUUGGAGGCAAUUUUAUGGGAAAAAUUUCAAAGGUGGUCAAUCAACUCUUUAUUUAGGAGAUAGAUUUUGGAACGUUAAGAUGAACGGAUUAACUGACAGCUGUGUUUUUACUCAUGGAUGUUCUAAGAUGGUAAACGAUCUUGCCUUAGACAGCCGAUCUAUCUUUGUCUUUUCAAUGGUUGGAAAUAAAAUUUUCGAGCUUUCAGUCUUUAAUCAUCAAACCAGUACUCAAAUUCAGAACAACAAGGUUGAGUUAGUUGUUUUGGAUGACUCCAUCUAUGGUGAUGAUGGUGAUGAUUUGGUUAUUGCGUCCGAACAUAAGGAGAAGUGUAGUACUGCCGAAACUGACUUUCAGGAAAGUGUUGUUGUGGAAUGUGAAGACGACAAAUUUCAGUUGGCAAGUUUUGAGUCCGUGUUCAAUGAUAUCGAUGAUUCGAAGUUUGAUAACUUUUUCUCAUCUCUACUUGAAAUGGAAGACCUUAAGAAGAAGGACAAAAGCAACUUUGAGAUGGACCUGGACAAAUUUUUGAUACCGAAGAAUAACUCCCAUGUUGAUCCUACACGAAAAACAAAUAUUUUUAUUUCUGAACCGAGUCUGUCCUCCAUAGUUGUUUCUGAUGCCACUCAGAAAUGUAAAGUAGUUAUGUUGGUGUCCGAUGAGUCUCUUAUCGCUCAUUGUACACGUUCAAAGUUUAGAAACAAAAAUGAAUAUGUGGUUGUUGAUAAGUUUAUGGCUGCUGAAACCACAUCUGUUAGCCGUAAACGUUCUACAUUGAAAAGGUCGAAAACAAUUUCAAUCAUUGAGUUCACCAAAGUCGUCGAGAACAUAAUGCGUUUACCGUCUGCUAUUUCCGAUGAGUUGUCUCUUUCUUUUCACAACCUUCGUGAUGUUUCAAUCCAAAACAUUAGAUGUGAGGUAACAAACAUGAAGACGAUAGCGGAAAAGAAUGGAGAUGGUUACAGGUAUGGUUUUUCCAAGUGGUCGGCUUUCUUGAAAUCAAAUCAAAUACACAUGGCGCUACUCUUUUCUUUAAAUAUGUCAAGUCUUCGCAGCUUUUGAUUUUGACCAAAUUUGUACACAAGACGACAAAGAAAGAGGUCGUCCGUGACUGUUUGCAUUUGUGGUUGUUAGUUGGUUUUGUAUAUGUUUUCGUGAACUGGUAGUUAUUAGUUGAUGGUGGGUUUACAGUUGUUUGCAUAGUUUCUACUUGAUCUUCGUAUGGCCCAAGUUGGAUGUCAGUUAUGUUUUCUGUUUGGACAAUUAGUACUUAAACAUGCCCUCUUUUGUAAGAAAGUUUACAAGUUAAUUUUUGUUUUA